UGGUAGUUUAAUGAGGAUCAUAAUUAGCUGUCAAUUUGGAAAACCUGAACAAAUUCUCAUUAGGGAGCGUGGACAAUGCUAGAAAUGUUGCUACCGAAAACCCGUACGUAACAAAGAUUGCACAACACCGAAGUUUGCAGAGAACCACCUUACCACGUAUGACAUUCGUAAACACUUUUUGUAUGUAUCGCGCACGCGCAGUGUUCAAACGUGUGAGAUGUGUUUCGCUGUGUAGGUCUUAGGUUUAGUCGAAGUAGGUGUGAUAUUUGACAAGAAAGAAAUGCUAUUGUCGGAUUUUUUCUGUUGUGAUCGAUGGUAGUACGCUUUUGAGUUAGUUGUGAAAUCGGAAAAGCCAUGAAGUGAUGAAUGCCUAUACCUAUUUGUUGCAACAAUGUUUAAAAGAUUGUCAGCAGCUGUUCAUAAUGCAGUGGAAAGCUUCUCCUCUUCAGGGACUUUGCUGGAUGAUUUCCUGUAUCACUGGAGGAUGAUACUAAAGUUUUAUGAAAGAAGAGAUUUUCAUAGAAAUGCUGUGGAAAUCACUAAUGUUCCAGCUCAUCUGGAUCAGUUAUUGGAGAUAUUGAUUCAAGAGGAAGACGCACAAGCUGUAGGAACAACUGGUCCAUGUUUGGAAUAUUUCUUGUAUCAUAAAUUACUUGAUGUUCUUGUUGCUCUUGCCACGUCUGAUUCACCACCAGGAAUGAGGCAUACUGUGCUCGUAUUUGUGAGGAGACUUGUAGUUAAAAUUAGACAACCAAUUUUGUCAAAUGCAGCAAUUUUUCCUUCAGUAAUGCAGUUGAUAAUGACAUGUAAUGGUAAAAAUGGCUCACCAAAUGAAUCUGAUGAAAUUGCUUUCCUUUGUAUGCUAUGUGCAGUCAUCAGUGAACAUCCAGAUCUCAUUCAUAUGUUCUGUAACCAGAUGUGGCUGUCAAAUUCACUGAGUAACAGUGAAGAUACUUCUGUCGAAUGUGAGAUGGAACUGGGGAACUUAAUAUCUCCUGGAGAUGACAAAUGUAUCCAUAGGAAGAGUGAAGCAGAAAUAACUGAAGAGUCAUCAGAUCCUCACAUUUUGGCAUCAGACUCUGAGCAGGCACACCUGAAUAAAGUUUGUGACAAGAAAAACACCAUUUCUCUCUCACCCUUAUCAUCAGAACCACCCAAAGGACAUCAGACUAAAGAAAAUCAUUUGUAUUCCACGCCAAAUGUGUUGCUUGAAUGUCUGCUAUCCUUCUUGAGCAGUGAAGAUAAUAAUGUAAGAACUAAAGCUUGUGAAGGUAUUAUGGUGAUUGCUUCAAUAUCAUCUGAUGAGCAUGCUUUGCACAUAACACGGCAAUCCAGCCUACCUCAGACAUUGUGUUCAAAACUGAGAAUGUUGUUUGAUGCUAUCCCACAAGACAUUGAUCCUGUUGAGCUGUACAACAUGAAGUUUAACUGGGGGUUUGAUACUCCUGCUUGGGAUGAAGGAGCACCCUUUCCCGGUUGCCGUGAAAUUACAUCAUUUUUUGCAUGGCUUGACUACUGCAACCAGCUCGUCCAGGAAGCUCACAAAAUCAUAGGAGACUCUAUUUCUAAAAGUAUAAGAAGAGACUUUCUGGAACAAUGCACGCCUUUACAUUUGGUCAAUAUUGAUGAUGAUCAAAAAUUGGGAAUAAUUGCUUUACUAAGAAAAGGCCUUAGAACUGUGACAGCACCUGCUCUUCUCCAAGAAUUUUUGGUUUGGUUUCUUGGAAACACGGAAGAAAAUGAAUUGCCAAGAUCUGAAACUCCUCCGGUAUUAAAUGUUAUAGACUGCUGCUUACAUAAAGCAGAUGAUAUUAGUCUUGAAGCAUUGCAGUUGUUCCAGAGUCUCCUGGAAAAACCAUCUGACUGCAUACUCAAAAAUCUUGUGUUGAAAUAUGUAAACUCACGUUCUUACUAUAAUAGUGCCACCUCAGAUAGCUGUGCAGGCUCCUGGAGUGAUGAAGAGGAUGAGUGGGAGAAGACAAGAGAUAUUGAAGUUUCUUCCAGGGUCUCUUCACCAGUCAGCAGAACAUUGGCACCACAAAAUGUCCAUAGGAUUAUUAAUAAAUUCUUAUCCCUAAUACCCAGGAACAUGCAAACAUCUAAUACUGAAGAAUCAACAUAUGAGCAAUAUGUUGAAGAUGUGAGGAAGCAGUACCAACAUUGUAUCUCCUGUUGUAGUCAAUAUAAAUGGCCUCUUGAAGCAGUAUUUCCAGAGUCACAGGAAUCUGAUGACUGUUGUAGCUCAGAUUCUUACCCUGAAGCUGAUCAUCGGAAUAAUUUCUAUGAGGGUCCUUUCCUGAGGAUGUUAUUCACUAGGCUUGGUCAACUCCCAUACCAGUCCUACCAAGUAAACCUCCGGUUAACUGGCUUAAUUUCACAGCUAGCAAUGCUACCACACCCCUAUUUACAUGAGUACCUUUUAAAUCCAACACUUCCGAUUAUAAAAGGUGUCGUAACGUUGUUUAAAGUUCUGCAACAAACAGCAGAAGAGUUAAUACUAAAAAUUUCUGAAAUUGAGGAUCAUAAAGCCAUUCUGAGCUCCACGAAGUUGUUCCUCCUGCAGGACAAAGAAUAUGUAGUGGAUGAGAACAGUACUCUGUUUGAAGGAUUCAUUGUUCUUGAGGAAUUCUGUAAGGAGUUAGCAGCAGUUGUAUUUGUCAAAUACCAAAACUUCUCCUGAAGAUGUUACCUGAUUAAAUGUGGGCAAUCAGACAGUGGAAACUUCAGGUGAAAUUUUCAGAGACCAUGGCAUGCCUUCCAAAAAGUUCUGUGAUGAAUCCACCUUGCCAGCAAGAAAACUGCCUUUUGCUUUAAAUGUUGAUUCACUGAUGUUAGAUAGUGUUUGUAAAUAAACAAAUUCUUUUUUUCAA